CUAGUACUUUCGUCACUCACUUGCACUACGUAACAAAACACCUGCAAUGGGGAGCUGUAUCAUUGUGGACGUCAUGGACAUGACUAGUUGUAUGCGUCAUGUGCGUCAUAUGUGUACCACAAACGUGUAUAUAACAGCUCGUCAGAGUCACUCGGACUUCAAGCUAAGCUUCGGCAACAACCAAAGCACUAGUCUCUCAACAUCUACCAUCUCUUCACUCGAUCAUGUCUCUAGUGCGCACAUUCUACGAUCCCUUCGCUGAGUUUGAGAACCUGUUUGACGAUGCUUUCAAUGCUCGUUUCCGUCCCCUCCCUACCACCGAGGGCAAUCCUGCCUUGACUCGUCGCCGUGAUCAGGCGUUUCCCAGAAUGGACCUGCACGAGAACGCCGAGACCAAGACAGUGACCGCGACGUUCGAACUUCCUGGUAUCAAACAACAGGAUGUUAAAGUCGAGGUCCACGGGAACCGCUUGACCAUAUCCGGGGAGUCGAAAUGCUCAGAGAAUUUUGACAAGGGCGGCUAUGCGGUGCAGGAGCGCUCGUAUGGCAAGUUCUGCAGAACCCUUCAGAUUCCUCAGGGAAUCAAGGCUGAGGAUGUCCAUGCAAAGAUGGAGAAUGGAUUGCUCACUGUGCGUUUCCCGAAGGCUGGACCGGACCAGCAACCCCAGCAGGUUGCAAUUGCGUGAAGUCGUUGUAGUAUCUGCCUGGUCCUCGUUCCAAAUAUGCAUCAUUAGCGUACUGUCAAGGUGGAAAAGGAAUCCGAGUCUCUGAAACAAUAAUGUAUCUGUACGAUAGUGAAUACUAGCACCGGGCCCGCCUGAUAUUUUUUCG